CCCGAAACCGCCAGGGAAUUUCUACCUCCUGCAAUUUCAUUUUUUGAACAUCAUGGAUCCCCUUUAUAAACCCGAGCUGUGUGGAAGAAAGAGUAGGAAAACAUUAAGGUUCGAGAGGAGCAAGCAAGACACAAAACGUUUACCUGCGUUAUUACUUAAUCGCCUCAAAUCGAAUCGGAUCUUCGCUCGGACACAAAUCAACUCCAGAUUACUCGGCCCCGCUGUUGACUUCCCAAAGCGAAAGCAUGACAAUGAAUCUAAACGCCGUACGGAUGUACUGCAUUCUGAUGCUCUUGAACCUCGCUCGAGGAUGCAUGUGGAUGCAUCCUCGAGAUAAAGGCUCUCAAAGCAAUUUCAAAGUGGUCAGCUAUUAUUCCAUACAACUGCUUGAACAAAUGGGUGAUGAAGUUACACAACGAAAAUCCAAUGUUCACAUCCUAAACAGACUCUACGAACAUGCUAAAAACUUGCAGGCUGAGGAACGCAUCAUCUUCAUCCAUGAAGUCAUAAACAACAUUAAAGAGCUGUAUAUCAAUGGCAAAUAUGAUACUGUCACGUGGGACCCAAAAAAGCUGCAGAUGUUCCAACUCAACCUCGAUCGCCAGGCUUCGGAGCUGAAAGAAUGCAUAAAAACACUGAAGUCCCGGGCAUCUCACUCAAGUUGGUAUAAGAAAAUAAAAAUAUAUUUCAAGAAAAUGCUUCAGGAAAGCACGAACUACAGCGCCGAAGACUGGGAGAAAGUCCGAGCUGAAGUUCUGACACAUUUACGAAGACUGGAUAUCAUAGCCAGCACGGAAAAAUAGUCCUGGUGUCAAACACGAUGUUGAUUUACAGAAAGCGCGCUAAAUUUCACUGUGGAAGAAAACGUACCAAUGGACACCUAUCCAGCUGCAACGGGAGCAAUGAAAACAAUACUGACUGCUUUUGUAGUGUGUGUGUGUGUGUGUGUGUGUGUG